GCUGCGAGUUACAGAUCGGUAGCAAUAGGCACCUUAUAAGUUUCUUACAUAAGGGAGUGGUUUAGAGCGAGCCUGCGAUGCGGCCUCUCUUGGGUCCCUUUAAGGAACACCCGCAUGCCCUUCCAAUUCAGAAUCCCCGGAGCCCCGUUGCCCGGUUGCCGCAGAGGCCAGGGGUCAUUGCUUUGUUGGAAGUAAAGCUUGGGGGGCCAGGAGGGAGGGGAUUAAGGCAGGUCCCAGUGGGAAUUCCCCUUUCCCUCUGACCUGUCUUUCUUCCCUUGCUUAUUUCUCAGAGAUUAAAUUCCCCGCUUCCAAAGAGAGGGUUGGGUAUGUUUAGAAAUUGGCCAGGGAGGCAAGGCAUUGAGGCGUGAACGUGAAAAGCUUCUCUGGGCACGAGAGGAGAAGAGGGGGUCUCCUGGAUUCCGGGCAAAAUGUCUCAGGAGAAUGACACUUGGAAAAAAGAGGUCCUGGAGGAUGAGCUUGCUGCCAUGAGGCUGCAGAAGCUGGAACAGCAGCGGCGGCUGUUUGAGAAGAAGCAGCGACGGAAGCGCCAAGAGCCCCUCAUGGUUCAGGCCAAUUCUGACACUUCCCUGCGGCAGGGGCGACUGCGGUGGCGAGAGGAACGCCUCUGGGGUGACAGCGGCCUCGGGAACCCUUUCCUCCAGAGGAACGUGCCCAGGACACAUCCGCGCUCUGGUGCCCACAGUGACCUGAGCACCGUGAGCUGCAGUGGAGAUGGCAGCGGUGAGCGCGGUCCCCUGGUGCCGCCGACAGAAGCAGAAAGUUCCGAUCUGGAGUUGGAGGAAGUCUCCGUGGAGGAUGUUCCUGCCUUUCCCCCUCCUUAUAAAGAGCCUCCGGGGACUCGACGCAGGGGUUGGCCAGCCCUCCAACGAUCUGGGGCGAGUGCAGAAGAGGAGAGCGAAUCUCGGGAUGUUGGAGAUGAAUACGAGACGCUCAGAGCGGAACCAAAUCCUAGAAUGGAUGGUUACGGGGGACGUGGUGACUUGGCUUCCAGCAAGGGCGAAGACGUGGAAGAGAAGGAAGAGGAGUCGGAGUCUACAGCGAGGAACUCUCCAGGGGUGGCCGACGAGGAAAUGUCCGAGGCCCCGGAAAGCAAGGGCGACGCUGGCAGCAGCAAUGUGGGGAGUUCGCCCCACUCGCCUCCCCGCGCCCCAGGCCCUCGGUUGGGCGAGGACAUGGAAGCGUAUGUGCUGCGGCCAGCGCUGCGCGGCCACACGGUGCAGUGUCGCAUCAGCCGCGACAAGCGUGGUGUAGACAAGGGCAUGUUCCCUAUCUACUACCUCUACCUGGAGGCGGCUGACGGCUGGAAGCACUUCCUUCUGGCUGGGCGCAAGAGGAAAAGGAGCAAAACCUCUAAUUAUCUCAUCUCCCUGGACCCCACAGACCUGUCUCGGGAUGGGGACAACUUUGUGGGCAAAGUCAGAUCCAAUGUCUUUGGCACCAAGUUCACUAUCUUCAACAAUGGGGUGAAUCCCGAAAAGAAGAAUGUCAUCCCGGAAACUGCUCGGAUCAGGGAGGAGCUGGGGGCUGUGUGCUAUGAGACAAACGUCUUGGGAUUCCGAGGGCCCCGGAAAAUGACUGUGAUCAUUCCAGGAAUCGACGCCCAGAACCAGAGAAUUAGCAUCCAGCCACAAAAUGAACAGGAGUCGCUACUGAGUCGCCUCCAGCGGGGCGCCAGCCGGGGGCUGGUCCUGCUGCAAAACAAAGCCCCAUCGUGGAGCGACGAGAGCGGCGCCUACGUGCUCGAUUUUCAUGGUCGAGUCACUCGGGCCUCGGUCAAGAACUUCCAGAUCGUGCAUCCGGAUGACCCGGAUUACCUGGUGCUCCAGUUCGGCCGCGUGGCGCCGGACACGUUCACCAUGGACUUCCGCUUCCCGCUUUGCCCGCUGCAAGCCUUCGCCAUCUGCUUAUCCAGUUUCGACGGGAAGCUGGCGUGUGAGUAAUUGAAUGAAAUACUAUACUCUCA